AUGAGCUUAAGGACAGAAUGUGCCAUUCAUUCAUGUUUCAGAAUUGUAAGACUAGAGGAGGCACGAGGCAAAUCAUUUACCAACAAAAAGAUACUUUUUGCUAACGAACCAGUAGUGCUGUUUGA